CCGGGCCCCCGCGAUGGCAGCAUGCCGCUGGCGGUGAGGUGGCCCUUCCCCGCUGGGCCGCCCCUGCCCUGGGCUCUGGCCAGCCGCCUCGUUACCGGCCUGGUGGGCACCUACAGCUGCGUCUGGACCCGGUACCUGAACCGGCUGCGGGUGCACAACGCCGAGGUGCUGCACGAGCUGGUGGAGCGCCGGGGGCCUCGCACCCCCCUCCUCACUCUCUCCAACCACCAGUCCUGCAUGGACGACCCCCACCUCUGGGGUUCUCUGAAGCUGCGGCACGUCUGGAGCCUGCACAAGAUGCGGUGGACCCCCACGGCUGCUGACAUUUGCUUCACUCGGGAGCUGCACUCGCGUUUCUUCAGCUUGGGCCGCUGUGUCCCCGUCUGCCGGGGUGAGCGGGGGGCAACUGGGAGGGACUGGGGUCAACUGGGCAGCGGGGGUGCAGGGCUGAGGGGGAAAUCCCUAUCUGUACUGGGGGCAUCCCAGUUUGUACUGGGGGGGGAUGGCGUGUACCAGCGAGGGAUGGACUUCAUCCUGGAGAAGCUCAACCAGGGGGACUGGGUGCACGUCUUCCCUGAGGGCAAAGUGAACAUGGGGCAGGAGUUCGUGCGCUUCAAGUGGGGCAUUGGGCGCCUCCUGGCCGAGUGCCGCCUCGACCCAGUCAUCCUGCCCCUGUGGCAUGGGGGCAUGAACGAUGUCCUGCCCAACGUCCCCCCGUACGUGCCCCGCGUGGGGCAGCGGAUCACGGUGGUUGUGGGGCGACCGUUCAGUGUCCGGCCCCUCCUCGAGCGGCUCCGGGCUGAGGGUACAUCGACGGUGGAGAUGCGGAAGGCGCUGACCGAUUUCGUGCAGAAGGAGUUUGAAGCGCUGCGGGGCCAGGCCCGGGCCCUGCACCCUGCCCCAUAGUGUAAGGGACGCCCCACGGAUGAACAGAGGAACUGCCCCACGCAUGGUGUGAACUGCCCCAUGGCAUGACAGCCCCGCAGCCGUCCCUGCAGCCUCAUAGGCCCCCGCAGACGGACAGACUGUCCCUCGGUGCGACGGCCCCAAGGCUGUCCCCGCAGCACCGUGGGAUGCUGGUGGAAGGACAGGCAGACAAAAAAGCUGCCCCAUUGUGUGCCCCCCUGCUCCUGUACACGGUGCCAAUAAAGGUGGUGGAGCCUCA